CUAGAUAAGUGAAAAUGAAACAAAAUGCAAAAGAGGAAGAGGUCAAAGCUAAUCCACACCCUAACCCGUAGGACGAGCUGUGGCAAGGUCUAUGAGACGCGAUGUGAUGCAUUUGCAAACAAUGAAACUGUUUCUGAUCUUUGUCCUUCUGAAAGGUGCCCACUGUCAGGCUAUAUGGGGCCCGAAGGAAAUUACAGUGAUGGAGCAUGAAGAUCUGACAGUGGAGUGUGGAUAUCAGAAAGGACAUGAAAACGAUGAAAAAUACUGGUGUGAAAGAACGACAUUUAGACCUUGUUACAUUUUGGCAAAAACAACUUCUUCAAAAAUAUCCAGAAGUGGACUGUUUCUGAGUGAGAAUAAGACUCACAGAGUAAUAAAUAUAAUUAUGAAGGACAUCCAGGAAAGAGAUGAAGGGACAUACUGGUGUGCAAUAUCAACUGCUGGGAGAGAUGAACAUUCUCCUGUUGUUGUUAAAGUUAAGAAAGCUCUGCCUAUAACUCCAACAAAAGCAAAAGAAACAAUAUCUUCAACAGCAAAACCAGAAACAACAGUCAGGACGACGUCCCUUCAGGAGUCUGAAGAGACGAAAGCACCAUUCACAGAUGGAAUAGGCUGGUCUCCAACCCACACUGCUGCUGUCAUCUCUGUGGGACUUCUGCUGCUGCUCAUCUGCCUGUUCAUAGCUACUUACAUCUGGAUGCUGAAACACAGAAGAAGGACCCAGACCCAAAGUAACACUGUCCAGCUCUCUGAAGAACAAGUGGAGAUAAGCUAUGCGGAAAUAAGAAGACCCACUAAGAAGAGCAGGCGUCUGUAUGAUGAGCCCAUCUAUGCCAAUAUGAGCGCCAAUGGAGCCCAAGAGCAGCCACCAGCAGGGGGCGACGUUGAGUACAGAGCCCAAGAGCAGCCACCAGCAGGGGGCGACGUUGAGUACGCCGCCAUACGCUGCUGAACACUGGGAUCUUUUAGCUGAGGACAGUCUUCAUAGAUUUCCUUCAGGAAAUCUGAACUACUUUUUUGUGAAGCUUGAAUAUUAUGGUUUCAAUGUCCACAUUACAGAAAAAGUCUUACAUAGCUUUAAAUUUAAUAUUGAUAAAUGUACAUAUAUGUCUUUUAAAACAUAUUUAAAUAGUAUCUCUGAAUAAUUUCUGCUUUAGAAAAUAAAAAUAAAACAUUUACUGUUGCCGUGGUUCA